UCCGAAGCGCGGUGCAGCAGAUCAAGGCCAAAAUCUUGCGGAAGGACCGUGUCUGCGUACCGCGGCUGGAUCAAAUCCCCGGGGUUUCCUCGGCCGUAUCCUUCCGCCAUGACAGAGGACGAUCGGGUCUGCACGUGGACCAUCCGCCUCCCGCAGUCCAGGGGCAUCAAGAUCACACUCUACGGCUUCGACUUGAACUUCGAACAGACCGGGGUCGGACCGACGAACGACGCGCUGCACAUCUACAUGGACGAGUCGUGUAGCAGUCUGCUGAGGAGUUACGAGGGAAACUUUACCGACGCCGACCUAAUUCACAUUCCCAGCAACACGGCGUGCAUCAAAUUCCUCAGGAGGACCCAGCAGAAUUACCAGCACAACGGAUUUUCCUUGGGUUAUGAAGCUGUAGAUUCUAGCGACGACUGCGACAACAACCAGACAACCACGUUGGUGUCAGACGAGGGCUACAUCUACAGCCCGGGAUACCCUGUCACCAGUUACCAACAGGAGCUGAACUGCAGCUGGCACAUCCAGGCCCGGCCCGACCAGACCGUGCAGAUCACCUUCCUGGACUUCCAGCUCAGCUAUACCUUCAGCUGCGACUUUGCCACGGAUUACGUGCAGGUGUUCGAGCUGAACUCGUCCAUGAACUUGAAGUACUGUGACCAGGACUCCCCGGCACCCUUCUCCAGCUACUCUAACAACGUCUGGGUGGUCUUCAAGUCCGGCAGGUGGAGGAAUAAAGGCUUCUGGCUGCACUAUAAAGCUAACACAGACGGUGUUCUGUCGGACGAACCCAUCCCUGACUACCGCCAGAUCGUGGACGAGUGGAGGAACUCAAACUCCGCACUGAUGCCGUACGAAGGUAGGGAAAGGGGAGCAAGACCAUGGCAAUCUUAUACCGAAUCAAAAGGACACUUUGUGGCCAUGCCGCUUUGUCUGGUAACACCGCUGGUGGUCACAGCCGUCUGGACUGCAAGAUUAUAGCUCUCAUUCCUGACGUAGACGCAAUGUAUAUAAAUAAUAACCUCUUUCACAUUCUUAAGUACUACGUGGAGAAAAUAUGUCGUUGUAUUUAUGAUCACAACCCAUCAUUAUACAGGCCUAUGCUCAGGCACCGUUCUGGAUAGUCGUAUCUAGAGCCGUGCUUUAUCCAGAACUAUGCACUAAUGCUUAGGUCACAUU